AUGACUUCCGACAUCACCUCAGGUUUUGCAGCAGUUGCAACUGCUCUGGAGCACGAGGGCCAGCUCCGGGAGCGACUCCGUCUGCAACGAGACGAACUUGAUGUUGCGGUGCGCUCUCUGGAGACGCAACUCAGUCGACUCCACUACGAGGUGGACUGGUCGGACGCGGUUGCAGGCGCUCGUCAGCAACUGCGAACGAUAGGGUCAGGUUUUCUUGAGUUACAGAGCCUCGUGCCCGAGGGCAUGUUCUACAAGUACAACGAUCUAUGGCGCCAGUGCAGCAUCCACAUCGUGCAGAGCUGCUUGCUCAUUCGGUUCUUUGAAACGGUCCACGCACCGGGGCCCCAGUUCAGUGACAAUCUCGACCAGAGUCAAGCAAACGACAGCGUCGAAACUUGCACUGCAGCUCUGGUGACAAAAGACGAGGUGCUUGAGAUGCUCGACGGUGAAAAGGCGCCGACACAACCUGCACUGCGUCUCGACCUUGAGGAAUACCUGCUGGGCCUGUGCGGCGGUAUUCAGGAGCUCGCGCGGCUCGCGGCGAACCGGGUUGUACUGGGCGACUAUGCAACCCCGCGCAAGCUCGCUUUUUUCUGCAACCAGGUCUAUGCAGGCUUUCGACUGUUAAACUUUCGGAAUGACUCUCUUCGCCGCAGCUACGAUGCACUGAAAUACGCGAUUCAGCGACUUGAUAGCAUUCUGUAUGACUUGCGCAUUCGCAAGUUGUCGUGA